AUGGGCCAGCUGAAGCUCUGGCUUUCUGUCCUGGCUGGGCUCUCGGGCAUCGUGGCUCAGGAAGGUAUCUCCCGAAAGUUGUUCUUCUUUCGGAAAGCCCCCAGCGAUGCCUACGUGGUGCUGAAGACCAACCUCGACCAGCCGCUGCAGAACUUCACCGUCUGCCUGCGGUCCUACACUGACCUGACCCGGCCCUACAGCCUCUUCUCUUAUGCCACCAAGGCACAGGACAACGAGAUCCUCCUCUUCAAGCCCAAGCCCGGCGAGUACCGCUUCUACGUGGGGGGCAAGUUCGUCACCUUCCGUGUCCCUGAGGGCCGCGGGGACUGGGAGCAUGUCUGGGCCAGCUGGGAGGCGGGCACUGGCGGGAAGCCGUGGCCCCGCAAAGGGCUGCAGCGGGGCUACACGGUGGGGGUGGAGGCGGCCAUGCUGCUGGGGCAGGAGCAGGACGCCUUUGGGGGCGGCUUCGACCUCUACAACUCCUUCUCAGGCGAGCUAGCCGAUGUCUACCUGUGGGACGUGGGGCUGUCACCGGACAAGAUGCGAGCUGCCUACCUGUCCCUGCGCCUGCCACCUGCCCUCCUGGCCUGGAAGAGCCUGAGCUACGAAGCGAAGGGCGAUGUGGUGGUGAA